GGUUACCUCACCUCCGUCUCCCCGGAAUUAUCCGAGGUCAAUAGGAGUCGCCCUCUCUGUGUGUAUGCUUAAUAUACUGCGAGUUCGGCUAUUGAUCGAUCAAUCUAAAAUUGAAUCAAUCAGCCAAAGCCAGAUAUGAGGAAACGAGAUUUGGCCAUUCUCAUGCUCUCUGCCUUCGCCAUUUUCUUCUCUCUUCAUCACGAGGGCGAUUUCUCCUUUAGAGAGGCUUGGUUUCACUUAUCCGACGAAUAUCCAAUUAAAUACGAAGGCGAUCGUCUGCCGCCACCUAUUGUCGCCGAUCUUAACGGUGACGGCAAAAAAGAAGUCCUUGUUGCCACUCAUGAUGCCAAAAUCCAGAUACUGGAGCCCCACGCAAGGCGUGUAGAUGAAGGUUUUAGUGAAGCACGUGUGCUGGUUGACGUCAGCCUGCUUCCCGAUAAGAUCCGGGUUGCAUCUGGAAGACGUGCUGUGGCCAUGGCUGCGGGCUUUAUUGAAAAACCUAGACCAGGGAAACCAACAAAGCAGGUUUUGGUUGUUGUUACAUCUGGUUGGUCAGUGAUGUGUUUUGAUCAUAACCUAAAAAAGCUAUGGGAUACCAGUUUGCAGGGGGAUUUUCCACCUAAUGCUCAUCAUAGGGAGAUUGCAAUUUCGAUUUCAAAUUACACUCUGAGGCAUGGGGAUACAGGAUUGGUGAUUGUUGGAGGGAGGAUGGAAAUGCAGCAGCAUGCUUACAUGGAUCCUUUUGAAGAAAUUGGGAUCGCAGAGAAAAAUGCUGAGCAGCAUAGAAGAAGUGCUAAUGAGGAGGCUUCUGAGAACUCUGGAAAUGUGAAUUUACGCCAUUUCGCAUUUUACGCAUUUGCUGGUGAAAGUGGUGCGCUUCGAUGGAGUAGAAAGAAUGAGAAUAUUGAAGCUCAGUCUUCAGAUGCAUCACAGUUGAUUCCACAACAUAACUACAGGCUUGAUGUGCAAGCGCUGAAUAGUCGUCAUCCCAUAGAAUUGGAAUGCAGGGAAUUCAGAGAAUCAAUCCUUGGAGUCAUGCCCCAUCAUUGGGAUAGGAGAGAAGAUACUUUGUUGCAGCUGGCACACUUCAGGCGGCACAAAAGGAAAACAUUGAAAAAAGUAUCUGGAAGGACUACAAGCUACCCGUUUCACAAACCUGAAGAAAAUCAUCCCCCUGGAAAGGACUCUACAAAAAAAAUUUCAAACAUAAUUGGGAAAGCUGCUAAAUAUGCUGGCUCAGCAAAACAUAAGAAGCCAAUAAAUUAUAUCCCAACCAUAACAAACUACACUCAGCUUUGGUGGCUUCCUAAUGUUAUUGUGGCUCAUCUAAAGGAAGGGAUAGAAGUCAUUCAUUUGGCAUCUGGUCGGACUCUUUGCAAGCUUCACCUUCAAGAAGGCGGCCUUCAUGCUGAUAUCAAUGGAGAUGGAGUCCUAGAUCAUGUUCAGGCUGUUGGAGGAAAUGGUGCAGAACAGACUGUUGUUAGUGGAUCUAUGGAAGUGCUUCGGCCCUGUUGGGCUGUUGCAACCUCUGGUGUACCUGUUCGUGAGCAACUCUUCAAUGCUUCCAUCUGUCAUCAUUCCCAUUUUAACUUAUUCCAGCAUGGAGAGUUCUCCAGAGGUUUUGGUCGGAAUCCAGAUGUAGUAUCUUUAGAGGUGGCAACACCCAUUCUUAUUCCAAGGAGUGAUGGCCAUAGGCAUCGUAAAGGGAGUCAUGGUGAUGUUAUCUUCUUAACAAAUCGAGGAGAGGUAACAGCAUACUCCCCUGCUUCACAUGGACACGAUGCAGUUUGGCAGUGGCAGCUCCUGACAGGUGCAACAUGGUCAAAUCUACCUUCCCCAUCAGGGAUGAUGGAAGCUAACCUGGUGGUGCCCACAUUGAAGGCAAUCUCAUUGCGUGUGCAUGACAACCAACAGAUGAUCCUUGCAGCAGGAGACCAAGAGGCUGUAGUGCUAUCACCAGGAGGAAGUAUAUUAACAUCAGUUGACCUUCCUGCACCCCCAACCCAUGCACUUGUUUGUGAGGACUUCUCGAAUGAUGGGCUCACUGAUCUUAUUCUCAUGACCUCUAAUGGGGUCUAUGGUUUUGUCCAGACCAGGCAGCCAGGUGCCCUCUUCUUCAGCACACUCGUUGGAUGCCUUAUUGUUGUGAUGGGAAUCAUCUUCAUUACUCAGCACUUGAACUCUAUGAAGGGGAAACCCCGUGCUUCAUCUGGUCUGCGGUAAAAACACUAGUUGUAUACUUCCAGUGUUAAAAUAUCACAACAUAGAAGCAAUGUGUGAAGGUAGCAUCGAAAGAAGUCCAGGACGCUGAACAGCAUACAUCAUGUCAAAGUUUCCUGUCUUGGGAUUAUAAUGGAUUUGGUCAUCCAAGUUGCUCUUUAGCAAUUUCAGCACUUGCUUCUGAAAGAUCUUUUGCUUGUAAAAUUAACUACAGUUUUUAGUGGAUAACUUGAUAGGAAAUUAUUUAGUUUAAUCCUACUUCACGAACGAGGCUUUUUCUAACUUGUUACAUCUAGUUAACUGUUUUAUGUUGCCUGUCUAAUUUGUGUUUUUGCAUGCUCUGGUUGAUUGAUUUUAAAU